AUGUAUGUUUUUCGUCUUGGUGCGAGCGGAGUAUGCGCUAGUCACAUGGUUUUCUCAUGCCCAGGACCUUUGUCCUAUAGUUAUUUAAAUCUUUAGUCCAGACCUGAAUGAUUAUCACUGAAUUGGACAGAGCAUUUGACCAAUCUACAGUAUCACUCGUUUUCUGAUCGCCUGCGAUGCAAACGUGAAUUUAUGUCCAUUCUCCAGAAAAUACAUAAAAAUACGAGAGGGGUGUUCCGUUCUUCUUCCAUUUUUUAUCGCUGAUCGGAAUAAUAAAAAGAUCAGCACCAAAAAUUCGGAUAUAAAAGCGCCAGGAAACUCACUCACAUCCAUUCAGUCUUCCUGAUUCGACUCUCUUCUCUCCAGCACAAAACUAUCCGAAACCACAAGAUGUAAGUUAUUUCCCAGCGUUCAGCAUUAGAAAAAUGCAAAGAGUUCCAUCACGAGAAAACCAUUUAUCCCUAAUAUUCAAAUUCUGAAAUGUUGCUCUUGCAGGUUCGCGUCUCUCGUCGUUUCUUCUGCCGGGACUUCUUCUCCGAUGCCCACCUCAGCUCAAUCCGAGCCAAAACAGCCAGACACACCCAGACCAAAGUAAGGUUGGGUGUGUCUGGGGAGCUCAAUUAUUUUCCCGACAAUAAAUCAUUUAAAAAUCAAACCUGUUUUAGUGUUUAUUUGAAGAAAAACAUUUAAAAGGCAAUGUCUGAGAACCUCGAAAUUCGCUAAUUACACCAGGUCACUAAAAAUUCAGAGUGCUUCAAUUUGUCCCAUAUUAUACCCAAUGAGUACUUACAUAACAGUGGUACAUCAGACAAGUUUUAGUCCGGCUCCUCAGACUUAACGCCAUUCGACUUCUCGCAUCUUUUAAAGCAUUUUUCAUGUUGGCACCAAAAAUUUAGCACCUCUCCUUCAUGAAGAAAAAUAUUGUUUUAUGACAUUUUGCAGAAAAUUUUUCAGUAUUCUGCUCGUCCUGAAAAAUUUUAACACUACAUAGCCAUGAUUUUAUUGCUGAUUCUGAAUCUAGACAGUAUUGUGCUUCUGCAAAAAAAAGUUCACCCCGAUCCCGAUUGACAUCAAGGGGUUUUUAGGCCGAAGUUCACAAAAUUCGGAGUUCUUUUGCUUGGAAAAAUGUUUGCGAACUUGAGAAAAGUGCGUUUUCUCAAUUUUCUAAGGGGUCUGAUUGCGAUUUUUGUUGUUUUCGUAUACUUUUAGGAAUUCUCGAUUUUUUGGAAGCAUUUCGAGAAUUGAAAAAAAUUAGACCAGGUCGUCAGCCCAUGACAAAAUUUUCGAGAUAAAACUAAUUCUCGAAAUGCUUCCAAAAAUCGAGAAAGCCUAAAAGUAAUGAUGUUGACACACACACAAGGAACCUCGUAAUUGACAGCCUUGUUGUUAUAACAUAGGAUAUCAAUGUCUUCUGUCAUCAAUGCGAUUUCAGUGCCAAUCCAUACUAAUCUAAAUGCACAAACAGGUUUCUUCUACACCUCGGGGGCUCGUACGGUUGCUUUCAACAAAUAAAUCGAGUUCAGAAUAGAUAGAUUAGAAAAGAAUCAAUGCUGCAUGGCUUAGCCACUCGUAGUUCCCGAUAUUUGAAAGAAAUCCGGCUCGUUUGGCUAUAACUUUUCCGGAUCUUCCUGUGAAAUGAAAAAAAAACAUUUUUCCCAGUUUACUUUCGAAAAAUCGGAAAGAUUCCGUCAAUUUUAAACAAUUUCUACGUUUCCAUUUGCUGUAAAUAUGCAAGCGCGCUCCAUUGAGAAUUGUUUUCGCGCCGCGAGGUGAGGACGCGUUCCCUUUCACACGCUUUUUAUUCCUCCAUUGAUUGAAGCAGCUUGGCAUCAUCCGGCCUGUUCAUUCACUUUCUCUCUUUCUUUUCCCUUUCCGAGCUUUUGGCACAGUUUUUGAUAGGAACUCACUCUGUUGCAUCAUACCAUUUUUCCUCAUUAUUUUCCGUUGCUCCCUCCCUCUCUCUCACUUCUUUUUUUCUUGGACGCGGAUCGAUUUUCAUGCAGUGCACAUCAUUAGUUGGCCGCCCGCACCCGCUUUUGCAUUUCACAUCUAAUUCGGAAAGGCAUGAACCUUAUACAAAACCGUAUCAUCUGUUCAUUCUCGUGAUUUUUCCUUUUUUUCAAAUUAAUUUUCGUUUCAGAUGGAAGAAGAGACAACCUUGUCAAAUUGGUUGGAGCUGAACCAGUGCAACAAGACGAUUCCGUCCGGGAAUUCUACAAGAUUUGCGAUGCCUUCGAACUCUCUCGAAGAACUACUGAGAGACUGACGACGAGAGGAAUCGUCGUGAAUCGCAUCCGAAACGUUCGAUGAGAGAGGAGCGACAUGAUCCGCUUCGUUAUCAGGAACGUCAGGAGAAUCGGAUCAUCGUUCGACCGGAGAAGCAAUACAAACUCGGAACGGCUCUGCAUCACGAGGCAGAUUGUCAACGCAGAGAAAGAACUCCAAGACGUGUAAGUUGCGCAGAUGAAAAUGACAGUAAUCUUCAAAAGACGUUCUUUUCAGCGUCGCCGCCAUUUAUCGUCCAGAUCCCGUUCUCACCAGCAAAUCCGCUCCGGACGCCAGUCUUCAUUGAGAAUGGAAAUCAGCCGAUCAUCUUCAAGAUUCUGUUAGUUUCCAGUUAAGCCUAUUCAGAACUGUAAACAUCUCCUUUUUCAGGCAGAUAAGCAAGAGUACCGACUCAGUAAUUCGACCAGCACAACAACAAUAAUACUUUAUAAAUACUCUAUACUUCAUUUCUUUAAUUUUUUGUUUCUGGUUUCUCGGCACAUCAAAUUUUAUGGAACUUUUGCGGUUUGUCUUAAUGGUAAAUUGAUUUGGCUUGCAACGCCGUCUGAUAUAUCUUUUUCUCUAUUUUCAGUGAUGGUUGAGCGCAGGAAAUCGGCGGAACAACACUGAGUAAUUGUUAUUUAAUCUGGUCACCUAAAAAUAUAAAAUUUAUUCCGUGUUCUUCGGCUGAUUUCUUCUACUCAUUUCUGAUGGAGACGUAAACAUUCACUUUUGUCGAUUGCGUGCCACUUGGCAGCGGAUUAGCAGCGGAUACGCGUGCUCAUCGGUUACCCGAUACGUAACUGUUGCGCAACCAAACGUGUUCUCGCUGUCCGCGCGAGAAGAGUACUCUCCGCUUUCCUCAGUUGGUCGUUGUUGCUCUUGACACUACAAAUGACUAGAUUGGAUAUUCUACCAAGAGUAACCAAGCGUAACGGAGGGUUUGGGCAAAUCGCAACCUUCAUUGUGAAUUUCUAAUUAUAAUUAGCAACGCAGUCGCAAGAUAAUCCUCUCUUUCUCUCUUGCCACCUAUCGUUUCACCUUCUAUUUCAUUUCUCUCGUUUGUUAACCCUUAUUAUGGAAUCUUGAAAAGCGGAGAGAGUCUUUGUUACUCUUUCAACCUAUGUGACAGCGAGACCAAGGGACUCUCUUUCUCGCCCCUUCUUGUCGAGGAAACGUUCUCGAAAUGUGAUUGUGACAUAAUUCAUUGAUUGACUGCUUUCUAGCUCAUUUUCCGUCCGCUCAUUUUCCUUUUAACGCGUAAAAAUGUUUGAAAGAAGCCCCAAAAUCCUUUUUUAUGCAGUCAUUUUGCAGAAAAUGUCUGAAAACAUUGAUACAAUUCCGCCGACUGCUGACCUCGCCAACACGUCCAACAACUCCACUGCGAGAGGAUUAAAGGCAAGCUAUAGUUGGCAGUAGGAAUGAUCAAAAACGUGUGUUUCAGAGAGCUCUCACCGGAGACGUGGAUCCGAGUCUCAGUACUGUGCCGAAACAGAUAAAGACUGCCCGCACACCGACAGAGAACGAAGGGAAUGAGCCGGUGGCGGACACUUCUGAGGUGAUGGAAGUGAACGUUGAUUCGAAGGACCCGGCCGGCGAUCAGAAUAAGGCGUUGGUACUGUUUUGUGGAGGUCGAAUGGAAAUUGUAAGUGAUUUUUUCUAGUUAUUUUCUCAAUAUCCGGUUUCCAGGAAAUAUAUAAUCCUAUCAAAAAGGCUCUACUCGGGAUAGGAUAUCUUCCGUUCAUUAGAGACGACGUCAAGAUCGACUUGGCAGAGCUUCUGGAGCUGGCGGAUCGCGAUAUGAUAGAGUUCCUGAAGCCGCGAGAGUACGCGAACUUCUACCGGCAGGAGGUACAUAGGGAAACUUAUAAUUUUAUUAGGAAACAUACAAUAAUUGAGCGGAUAGUUUGAAAACAGUUGUACAUAUCGGACCUCAGCAUUUCAGAUUCUGCCGGCUUUCGCAAACUGGCAGGCCCUCGAGGAUAAGCUAUUGGAAAAAAGUGGAGAGGAGUUUGAAGAGCAAUUUCUCCCCGAACUAGAAAUAUUUCCUCAUCAGCAAUUGAAAUACAUGUUAAAGUGAGCUCAAAAAUAAAAUAUAGUAAAAUCUGAACGAACAAUGAUUUCAGACUAGAAAAAAAACUCGCCCGGUCCCAAAACGAGACGUACAAAACAAUCGCGAAGUAUGAGGCCCUGAAAGACCAUGCACAGACGAUGGAAACAUCGUGUUUCGAUCUCAUAGAUUCUCAGAAAAAAAUGAUUAAAGUGCUGGAGGAGAGAUUAUCGCUAGAGAAAACUAUUCAAGAGGUGCAGAACAAAUUUAUAAAGACUCACGAAACUGAGAGCACCUUGAAUGAGGAAAUUAUCAAGCUUCGGAAGCGGGAGGUCGAAAAUCUGACUAAUACUGUAGGUCGUCUGCAACAGCAGAAUCGUGAGCACGUCGAGACAAUCGGUGCUCUCCGUAUCACGAAUAUUGAACUGCAGACAAGUCUUCGUGCGGAGAGAAGAAUCAGUGAAAGAAAUGCGCGCCGUUUUGGGGUAAUUUUUAAUUAUUGAGAACAUUGCCUGAAUACAUAACUUUCAGAGAAGACGACACAUUGGGAGUGACGACGACACGGAUAGGGAGGAGUUGUACGACCUCUUCGGACCUCCCGGACGCCGUUAUCUGUGA